GCAGCAGAUAAAAUUUUAGUGCAUUCGAAAAACGACGAACGCUAAACACACACGUAUCAGAAGUAAAUAGUUAAAGUGAUAUUAUUUUUUUUUAAAUAAAAUAAUUUUUUUUAAAAUAAACAAAAUUAACAUCACUCAUAAGAAUUUAUCAAAAGAAAAUUUAACUAAACGUUUUGCAUUUAACAUUAUCAGUUAUUUAUUGCUGCUGCUGUCGCUGUUCAAUUUAACAACUGUUCCUUUUGAGAACAGGCUGUAUAUACCUCGAGACGUUUACGUUAAUAAAAACAAAUCGCAUUUAAGGAGUUUUAUAUAAGAUUUUCUAAAAUGUCAAAAUACACAGGUAAAAAAUGUCGCCUGUUGUCUAUGAUGAUGUUGACCGGUUUCUUCUUUUUUGUCGAAAUCGUGGUCGGAUAUGUUACAAAUUCAAUGGCUUUAGUAGCUGACAGUUUUCACAUGUUGGGCGAUAUAGCCGCUUUGGUGAUAUCGUUUUUAUCAGUUAAGAUGUCCCCAAAAAAAUGGUCAAAAAAUACAUUUGGUUGGGCACGUGCAGAAGUAUUGGGAGCUUUAGUUAACGCAGUAUUUUUGGUUGCAUUAUGCUUUAGUAUUACGAUAGAAGCGGUUAAAAGAUUUAUAGAAGAAGAAACUAUACAUGAACCAGAAUUGUUGGUUACUGUAGGUGUAUUAGGUUUAGUUGUAAACGGCAUUGGCUUGUGUUUACUUUAUGAGCAUGGUGGUCAUCAUGGUCAUUCACAUGGUGGAGGCUUAAGACGAAAUCAUAGCAGACUUACCGAAUUAGCUAAUGUAGAUGAAGGUGAAAAUGGUGAUGAUUUCGUUUUUGAGAAAGAGAAGGAAAAACCAAUUAAAAAAUCCAGUCAUGGUCACAGUCACGAUCCCGGUUCCAUGAAUAUGCGUGGUGCAUUUUUACAUGUAUUAAGUGAUGCUUUGGGUAGUAUUAUUGUCGUUAUAAGUGCUUUGGUUGUUUGGUUGACCGAAUGGAAAUAUCGUUAUUAUAUGGAUCCUGCUUUGUCCAUUGUAUUAGUUUGUUUAAUAUUACAUUCAGUUUGGCCUUUGUUGCGUGAAUCUGCAUUAAUUUUAUUACAAACUGUGCCAACACAUAUACAAGUUGAUGCUAUACAAAAACGUUUGUUGGAAAAAGUUGAUGGUGUUUUGGCAGUCCAUGAGUUUCAUGUCUGGCAAUUGGCUGGCGAUCGGAUUAUAGCUUCAGCUCACAUAAGAUGUCACAAUUUAUCAGAGUAUAUGAAAAUCGCCGAAAAAGUUAAAGAAUUCUUUCACAAUGAAGGCAUACAUUCAACAACCAUACAACCAGAAUUUGAUAUGGAUGGGGCGUGUAUAGUAUCAGAGGGUACAUCCAGUCUCAAUAUGAGCAGCUCAGACUGUUGUGCAUUAGACUGUCCACCCUCAACCGAUAAUGGGUGUGUCAAAGCCACAUGUUGUCAAAACAAUAACAAGAAUCAACUGCCCUCACCUACUAGUUCACCGUAUAUGUGUCGUCAACGCAAUUCGACUAGAAAUGCUAAUGAUGUUGAAACCGGUUCAUUAUUAGAUCCUGUAACGGGUACUGGUGGUGGUUCGCUGGGUAGCACUGUCGGCAGUGGUGGAUCAACGGUCAAAGAGAGUAACGGAGAAGUAGUCUGACAACAUUCGUUCCAUGCAACACGUAGUAAUAUACCAGUAGUGGCUCAGGAAACCAACAAUUUACAUACAACAUCUUUAAAUACAAAAAAUACACAACAUCAACAAAUACAAGAAACGAUGAGAACUAAUAAUCAUCACAAUCAUAAUUCAAACUAUAAAAUUAAUCAACAACAGCAACAACUACCAACGACAACAGCCACAACAACAGCAUUAUCAUCGUCAUCAUCAUCAGCAUUAUUAUUGUCGCCAUCGUCUACUCUAGAAGUUAACAAUAAAGAUGUUUUUAAAACUAAAACUAAAACCAAUGAUCAAAGUGGUGAGGAUCUUAAAAACCAAAAAGGAAAACAAGCACACAAAUCACAAAGGAAUAAAGACACAGACAAAGACAAAGAAAAUGAAAUAAUCAUUGAUGAUUACUUUACGCUGCCUCCUAAAGUCUUGUUGUCACCGACAACAACGCGUGAUAUUUACGAAAAUAGAUUAAAACCAGCGUCUUCAGCUAAUAACCACCAGCAAUCAGUGUCAUCGCCAAAGCUAACGUCAACGUCAUUCUCACCACCUGUUGCAACAACCACCGUAACAGCUCAAAGGCGUCGUGAUUUAAAGCUCAAAGCCGAGCAACAAUAUCACGAAGAAAUUGAGCUUAACACAGCCUCUCUGAGACAAGGAGAUGAAGUGGCUCUGUAAUCGAAUUCCUUAGUCCUCCCUUAGUUUUGUUGUACAAUAACCACAAUAUAUGUAUGUAUGUAUAUAGAAUAUGAUACAUACGUAUAUGUAAUGUGUUUUGUUUCUGUUGAGACAUUAAUCAUGUUUGUCAUUUACAUAAAUCGUCGUAGUACAUAUAUCUUGUCAUCUUUCCAUGUAGAAAUUCAUUUCCACAAAUUGACCAAUAAAAUUAUAAAACUAUAA